CGCUGACUCUUUUCAACCUCAACUAAACGGUGGAGUGGAGGAGUCGAGUCACGUUAUUGUCAUCGAGUCUCGAGCUGAAAAGCUUUCGUGAUCAGAUCGUCGGCUUCAAUUGAUUUUCGUCUGCGCCCCUCUCGUCUUUUUUGCUAAGAAUGGAUCCAAGACAAGACCAGUCAAAUCAACAUAAUGAGGAUAAGCUGGAGUUCUCAAGAUGCUCAAAAAAAUUUGGAACUUCAAAGAGAAAGGCUGAAGAAAUUCAUGAGCAUGGUAAUAAGAAACCAAAACCUGAAGGAGAACAAGUAAAUAUGGGACAUUUAAAGAACAGUACCGCUGUAAGAAUGGAGGUUACGGCUGCAAGACGAGACCAGUCAAAUCAACAUAAUGAGGAUAAGCUGGAGUUCUCAAGAUGCUCAAAAAAAUUUGGAACUUCAAAGAGAAAGGCUGAAGAAAUUCAUGAGCGUGGUAAUAAGAAACCAAAACCUGAAGGGGAACAAGUAAAUAUGGGACGUUUAAAGAACAGUACCGCUGUAAGAAUGGAGGUUACAGCUGCAAGACGAGAACAGUCAAAUCAACCUAACAAUAAUAAGCCGGACAAACUCUCUAAAUGCUCUAGGCCUCUUAGAAUGUCAAAGAAGGGAAAGGUUCAGGAGAUUCAUAAACUUGAUAUCACGAAACCAAAGUCAGAACCCAAAGAAGACAAUCUGGUAAGUUCAAAAAGGACCACUAAAUUUUCAUCCAAUAAAGGAGAUGAGCCAAAGAAGCUUACUACCUCAAACAAGAAAAGGAAAUUUGAAGAUGAUUUCUUAAUUAACAAAUUGGAAGAAGAUGAAGAAAUGUUUUUUCUUUCAAAGACAAAGACCAGGAGCAGAGCUAAAAGAAUGGAUGACAUGAUGGAUGUCGAGCAAAAUCCCCGGAAAUGUCAUCAGUGCAUGAAAAAGGAGAGAACAGCUUUUGUGCCUUGUACUAAAUGUCUGAAAAUGUACUGUAUGCGAUGCAUCAAUCUAUGGUACUCUAAUAUGUCAAUAGAAGAAAUUGCUGAAAGCUGCCCAUAUUGCCGUAAAAACUGCAAUUGCAAUGUUUGCUUGCGUUCAAGAGGAAUGAUUAAGACAUCCAGCAGGGACAUCACUGAUUAUGAGAAAGCUCAAUAUAUGCAAUAUAUGAUUAACUUACUCCUUCCAUUUCUUGAACAAAUUUGUCAUGAACAAUGUCAAGAGGAGGAUAUUGAAGCUAAAAUACAAGGAAAAUCUUCUUGUGAGAUUGAGAUACACCAAAGUCUUUGUGGUGACAAUGAACGUGUCUAUUGUGACCAUUGUGCUACUUCAAUUGUUGACCUUCACCGAAGGUGCCCCGAGUGUUCUUAUGAACUCUGUCUCACUUGUUGCCAAGAAAUACGCAAGGGAAGCAUUACUUCCCGGGAUGAGCUGAAGUUCCAAUACGUGAAUAGGGGUUAUGAUUAUAUGCAUGGUGGUGACCCUCUACCAGUGUCUUGUGAUGUAGAGACUUCAAAGGGACAUAUUGAGCUAUCUACUAAGUGGAAUGCCAAAAGUCAUGGAAGUGUUAGUUGUGCUCCAAAGGAGGGAGGAGGUUGUGGUAGUUCUGAAUUGGAGCUAAGGCGCAUCCUUCAACGUGGGUGGAUAUCUGACUUGGAAGCAAAAGCUCGUGAUGUGUUGAAGAUUUGGGAAAUUGAACAAAUGAGAAGGGUGGCACUUGGAGAAGGCACAAACGACAAUAACAUAUACUGUCCAGAGUCAAGAGACAUUUUAAAAGAAGAAUUAUUACUCUUUCAAAGGCAUUGGACUAAUGGUGAACCAAUUAUAGUUAGAGAUAUUCUUAAACAGGGGACAGGUCUGAGCUGGGAGCCAAUGGUCAUGCGGCGAGUAUUAUGUGAAAAUAGAGUUUCAGAAAUCAGCUCAAGAAUGUCAGAAGUUAAGGCCAUUGAUUGCCUGGCUAAUUGUGAGGUAGAAAUUAAUACUCAUAAGUUUUUUAAAGGUUAUACUGAGGGAAGAACAUAUCAAAAUCUCUGGCCAGAGAUGCUCAAGCUAAAAGACUGGCCCCCCUCUGAUAAAUUUGAAAAUCUUUUGCCUCGCCAUUGUGAUGAGUUUAUUCGUUCCUUGCCAUUUCAAGAGUACACUGAUCCUGGGGCUGGAAUUGUCAAUCUUGCUGUAAAGUUGCCAGCCCAUGUCCUAAAACCUGACAUGGGUCCAAAAACAUACAUUGCUUAUGGGAUUAAAGAAGAACUUGGUAGAGGAGACUCUGUAACAAAACUUCACUGUGAUAUGUCAGAUGCGGUGAAUAUUUUGACCCAUACGGCCGAGGUGAUAUUAAGUGAUGAGCAGCUCUCUAUUAUUUCAAAGUUGAAAGAAGCACACAAGGCACAAGAUGAGAAAGAACAUUGUGCACAGGAGAGGAUUGGUGAAUGCCUGAAUGGUGGACCUUGCAAUAACAACAAAGAACAUAUAAAAGAUAAGGAAGUCUUAGAACCUAAAGAUAUGGAGAAGCGCCCUUUUGAAAUUAAUGGGAAGAUAUUUCAAAAUGAUGUGUCUGAGGGGGUCAUUUUUGCUGCUAUUUCUCCAGAAAAUGAACCAACGGAAACAGGUGGUGCCCUAUGGGAUAUCUUUAGGAGAGAUGAUAUUGAAAAGUUAGAAACAUAUUUAAGAAAACACUCAAAAGAAUUUAGACAUACUUAUUGUUCUCCGGUUGAACAGGUAUUUCAUCCAAUUCAUGACCAAUGUUUUUAUUUGACUUUGGAGCACAAGAAGAAGCUGAAGGAGGAGUUUGGUGUAGAACCCUGGACUUUUGAGCAGAAACUUGGGGAGGCUGUAUUUAUUCCUGCUGGAUGCCCACAUCAAGUGAGGAACCUCAAGUCAUGCAUAAAAGUUGCUGUAGACUUCGUGUCCCCAGAAAAUGUUCAUGAGUGUCUGCGUUUAACUAAUGAGUUCCGUCAGCUUCCCAAGAACCACAAGGCUAGAGAAGAUAAACUUGAGAUAAAGAAGAUGAUAGUAUAUGCCGUUGAUCAAGCUGUCAAAGACCUUCAAGCUUUUCUAGUGGCUGAUACUAUCAGUUGCUGUGAAUAGUUACAAUAUGCAGAUGGAAAAUUUUGUUAAGUCUAGAGCGUCUGAUUGGAGUAUUUAAGUGCACUCGCAAUGGAGUGAUUCUUUUCUCAUUCUUUUUGUAAUAAUAGUGGUUGGAUUUGUUGCAUUUGCAUUUUAUAAGACAAUUUUGGUAAUAAUAGAGUUAUUACUUUUGUUACAUUUACAUUUUAGCUAACAAUUUCUCAAAGUUUUCUAACCUAACUAUUGAUUAAAGAAAGAACACCGUGUGAAUGCAGGUAUUAAAUCAGCAAACCUAACUCAAAAAUGUCUAAUCUUAUUUGUGUUCUUUCUUUAUUGAUUAAAGAAAAUACAGGUAUUAAAUCAGACAAUAUCAAAAAAAAAAUUUCUUUCAAAAGUGUACAAGAUUUGAGAUACAGCUUAUGAAAGAUUUUGAGACACCGUGUGAAUGCUUAGUAUCGACUAGUGUUGAUCAAUUUAAUCUAAUUUGAAAUUCUUUUGGUUUGGUAAUGUAAUCUGUAGGGACAACGAUCAAGAUAUCAUACUGUUCACAGAAACUUACCAUAAUGCCACGUUUGGAAUUUUUUUUUCCCAAAUCUAAAAUGUUGUUUUAAUACAGACGAGCUCUCCCAUCCUUCAGCAUCUUUGUACUUCGCAGGUUGGGGGAAAUUGCAAUUUUAGGCUAAAUUGUCACGUGUUAGCAUUGAGAUAUGUGAGAGAUUACAUCAUGCAUAUUUUGCUUAUAGAAAUGAUAUUAUUUUCAUGUGCUCGUUAGAAACAUUCCACCAGAUCCUGAUGAAUCUGUAAGUGAGCUUGUGGAGCAAUUUUUUCUGGUCAAUCAUCCAGAUAACUAUCUUACUCACCAGGUUGUUUAUGAUGCAAACAGACUAGCAAAGGUUGUUAAAAAGAAGAAGAAGUUGCAGAAUUGGCUUGUCUAUUAUCAAAAUAAACUUGAACGAACUUCAAAAAGACCUGAAAUGAAGACUGGUUUCCUUGGUCUUCGUGGAAAGAAAGUGGAUGCUAUUGAUUAUUAUACCACUGAAAUUGACAAGCUUGCAAAAGAAGAAGACGUGCAUUCUUUCUAGAAGGGGGAGAAAAUGGCUACAUUUCAAGAUAUCGGGGUUGCAGCUGCCAUAAACAUUUUGAGCGCAUUUAUUUUCUUUGUGGCAUUUGCUAUUUUGAGGCUUCAACCUUUCAAUGAUCGGGUCCUCUUCGACAUUGGUGAUGUAUCCACCAAGGAGCCCUUCCAAUGUGUCAUAAACCAGGGGAUUAUCCUUGGGGAGGUUCAAUAUACGGCUUGUAGGGAUCAAGAUGGAAAUCUGACUUCUGCUUAUUCAACUGAUAUGUUGAAUGAACAUAAUCUAGACAGAAUUCCUGAGGAAAAGGUGAUGAAGUCCGGGGAUUCUUUUUACCUGAAAGAAAACCCUGACAUACGUUUAGUUGCCCAUGCUCACAAAAUGAGUAAAAGUAGGGAAAUGUUGUUAAUCCUGAUGAUGUUGUUUCUGAGUACGGUGCAGAUUCUCUUCGUUUAUAUGAAAUGUUCAUGGGACCGUUGAGAGACUCAAAAACAUGGAGUACUAGUGGCAUUGAAGGUGUACAUCGGUUUUUAGGAAGAUCUUGGAGGCUGAUUGUUGGUUUACCUUUGUCUGAUGGCACAUUUAAGGAUAGAACUGUAUCAAUUGAUGAGGAGGCUACUAUUGAACAACUUCGUUGUCUUCAUAGAUGCAUUGCCAAGUAUUCAGGUAACAGAGGAAAUUGAGGGCACACGGUUCAACACUGGAAUUUCUGCAAUGAUGGAGUUCCUUAAUGCAGCAUAUAAGUGGGAUAAACAUCCAAGAUCAGUUAUUGAGGCAUUUGUUUUGCU